AUGGCAACUAUUAACCUCAACCCCAAAGACCCUUCUAGCCCAUAUUUUCUCAAUCCAAACGAUGGCCCUGGCACACUACUCACAAACCAUCUUUUAACUGCAGAUAAUUAUCAUUCUUGGGCUCGCACCAUUCGUAGAUCUCUGCGUAUCAAAAAGAAACUAGGGUUCAUCGAUGGAACUAUCUCUCAACCAUCUGCUUCUAGUAACUUGUUAGAAUCAUGGCUUCAAUGCAAUGACAUGGUUGUAACUUGGAUACAAAAUGCUAUGUCCUUGGAAAUCAAGAACAGUGUUGUGUAUGUUGAAACUGCUCUUGCUCUUUGGCUUGAGUUAGAACAACGUUUUGCACAAAACAAUGGUCCUUGGCUCUAUGAGUUGAAACAAUCUAUCGAUGCUCUCUCUCAAGGAGACGACUCAGUUAGCCUUUAUUUUUCAAAAUUGAAGAGCUUGCUUGAUGAACUUGUAAAUUUUGAAACCAUACCAACCUGCACAUGUGGUGCCAUGAAAACUGUCAUUGCCAACCAGCAAUGUGACUGGAUGAUGAAGUUUCUCAUGGGACUUCAUGAUUCUUUCACUAACAUCAAGGCCCAAUUUAUUUUACUUAAACCAUCACCAAGUUUAAGUGAAGUAUAUGCCCUUGUCCAACAAGAAGAAAAGCGUAAACAGCUUUCCAAUCCUCCCAUCCCUUCUGAUUCACUUGCCUUUGCAACCAGAAAUCAUUUUACCUACAACAAAGACCCCACAAAGCAAUCUGGUUUUCCAAAAAGAGACAGACCUUUUUGCACUCAUUGCAAAAUUUCAGGACAUUUUUUAGAAAAAUGUUUUAAAGCCAAUCCAAAUUUGGAAAAACCUAUCUGCACUCACUGUAAUCUUGUUGGACACACUGUUGACAAGUGCUACAAGCUACAUGGCUACCCACCAGGCCACAAGCUUCACAAUCGGAUCAAGCUUACGGAUUCAUUUGCUAACCAAAUCAGCAUCUCUGACCAAGAGCAGAUCACUAAUGGUACAAAGCAUGUUUUAACUCAAGAGCAAUAUCACAGUCUACUUGCUUUGCUGCAAUCUCAGACCCCAACACCUUCGGCUCAUCAAGUAUCUACUCAUCCAUCAUCUUCAGUCAUAUCUGGUAUUCCCUUAUGUCUCUCUACUUUUAAUCCAUCUUCUUUAUCUUCACAGAUUCCAUGGAUUAUAGACACGGGUGCAACAGAUCACAUGAUCUGUUGCACCUCACUUUACACCUCAGAACCAACCAAAAUUUCCUUUUAUGUUAAAUUACCAAAUGGUAACCAAGCACUUGUCACUCAUCGAGGCAUGGUUCAGCUCACCCCUACCAUUAUUCUGAAAAAUGUUCUCUGCAUCCCUUCUUUACUUUUAAUCUUCUUUCAGCUAGAAAGUUAA